CAAACGGAGCGGUCUCAUUGGACAGCGGUGCUAACGUUAAAAGGGGCCUGAAGUUUCCUGCUAACACCUAGCCCCAGUGUAAUCUUUGGGACUCUGGUUCAUUCUUGGCGGCACCAACCUCGCAGCAGCUAGAAAUCAAGCUGUAGAUUUUACGGGCGACAUUUUUAGUAGGCCGAGUUUAGGUCGAUCUGAGAUCCGAAGUGGCUAGCAGGUUGGCGGAAGAAAACGUUUAGAGGAGUAGUGAUGGCACUCCAAUGCUAACGUCGCUAGCUAGCUUCUCCGGCUAUCUAGCUCAACCACCUGGGUAGCGAAAAUGAGUGGAACACUAGCUGAGCUGCGCUAGCUAGGAGGUAUGGCAAUCUUUUCACAGCAGCGCCGUUCCUUCGCGCUGUCCAAACCAGGCUCAUAUGAGCAUUAAACCUGUAUUUAAAGCAACUAACGGGCUAGUUAGGCGAAACCUGACUCGUAUUAGGCGGUAAAGUGCAGUUGUAACUCGGUUCUUUGCUGAGACUCUGCCGCCUUGCACCAGCAGACUAACGGGUCAGCAGCUAGCAGCUACUGGGCAUUGUGUGGUAUGUAGCCACGGCAUGCUAGCCAUCCAUCAGGAAAGUUUUUGAUUGCUCAUAACGUUGCGAGUAACAUUAGAAAAGUGUAAUUAGAGCUGCAUAUAAACUAUAUAAAACACCAUCAUGGUUAGAAAACAUUGUUAACUUGCUACACUGAGGAAGGGGCCCUGAACAUCAUCUGGGUCAUCUGCGUUGUUAGUUGGCUUGUCUCAUGUCGACUUAGUUUGACUGACUGGGCAAAUUCAUUUCAAACAUGGAAAGCUUUUAAAGUUCGAGGGUCAGAAAUGUAGCAUUACUGAGCUGGGCCGCCAUUUAAGGUUCAUGAAUGCGUGAAAGGCAUUGUUAAGCAGAAUGAACAACUCCGGAGUCAUGUCUCAAGAAAAGAUGGAGCUGGACCUGGAAAUCCCAGCUGCCUUAGUCCAAAGCGAUGGACACUUGAGGAGAUCAAACAGUGCACCCAUGAUUAAUGGAUUGAGUGAUAACACUCCGGUCUUCCAGAGAGAAGUGCUACGUUGUCGCAGAAACAGCACUACGGUUGUCAACAGACCUAACAUGGUCCCUUCAUCACCCAUUCGUGUCCCCAGCACCAGGCUUCAUCAGAUUAAACAAGAAGAGGGAGUAGACGUGAUGAACAGAGAAACUGCCCACGAGCGGGAAGUUCAAGCUGCAAUGCAGAUAAGCCAAUCUUGGGAGGAAAGCCUUAGUCUGAGCGACAAUGAUUUGGAGAAGUCUGCUUCUUCGUCUCCAAAGCGGAUUGACUUUGUGCCUGUGUCGCCGGCCCCGUCACCAACCAGAGGAAUAGGAAAAAAGCAGUGUUUCUCUCCUUCGCUCCAAUUACUUGUCAACAGCAACGGUCUAACACCAAGCUCGAUACCCAGCCCGACACGGCGGUUCAGCCGACGGAGUCAAAGUCCAAUCAACUGCAUCAGAGCCAGCAUCCUUGGUCCGAUUAAACGCAAAGGGGAGAUGGAGACAGAAAGCCAGCCUAAGAGACUCUUCCAGGGCACCACCACCAUGCUGUCAUCAGAUGUGUCCAACCUGUCGGAUCUCAGUUCCUGUCACUCUCCAGAUUUAUUGGAUGGGAGUCUCAGCAGCAUCAGCUCAUCCACAGGUUCCCCGGGCAAGAUGGAGGGAGUGUCCCCUUCAUCAUCUAGCAACUCGCCCUUUACCUCCCUGCAGGAUCUGUCUCCGAAGUGAUCAUCAGCAGCGAGACCUGUGAACGUGGGAAAUGGUGUCUUCCUCUGAUGAGGAAAAUUGUCUUUCUCAAGGCCCCCGUCACCCCAUUUAGGUCUGCAUUUAGUUUACAUGGACCUUUCCAUAUUUGCCUUUGUACCACUGUUGUCAUGGCUACUUUCAAAGAGGGUGUAGAUAGGUUCGAGUUGAGGAAUCUAUAAAGCCACACAUCUGUCUGGGCAUCAGAGCUAAGUGGUUUGAAACUGACUGAAGACACUGUGAGCGCCAGCUGCUAUUUGACCGUCUUAGAUGGUGCUUGGCUGCAUAGUGAUAUAGUUUGGAACUGGCUUUCCCGCCAUUUCUGUCCUAAAUGUUCCUGUCAUCUCAGAGAGACGCUGAACACUGGACAAAAAGACAGAUCCUGUUUUUGUGCUGGAAAGCUUCGUCCCAUAUGCCUUUGUAUGCACACAGUCUGCAGAGUUUGUAAGAAAAGAUUUAACUUAUUGUUUCCCUGCUUUGUUUGUAAGUAUGUACAUAUGAAUCUAGUCUGAUGUUCUAGUUUUACAUUUGGCUGUGCGGUGAAUGUAGGCACAGGAGUUUUCUUGAUCAAAUAUGUCUGGGGUACAGCUAUGGAGAUGUCCUGUUUUUGUUUGGAGAAGAUUUUCAGAAUAUUUUUCAUUAUAGGCCGUGAACUGUGGUGACUUUUGGUUUGUUUCUGGUCUGAUUUGUUUUGUUUAGUUCUUAUUUACUGCAACCAUAAAAAACCAGAAGGAGCAAGUAAUGCACCGAGCAGUAAAUCAUGAGUUUCUGGUAGUCUCUUAACACUAAAAGGUUCCUGUGUAUCUUGUGGUUUUUGUAGCUAUGGAAAGUGUUAAAGAUUACCCCUUUCUUCUGGCAAAGUGUUAUUUAUGGAAAUUUAUGACAAAAGUGUAUAUAAAUAUAUAUAUAUAAUUGAAUGUUAAUAGGUUAAAUCAGAUAAAUGGACUGCUGGACCAUUCAGCAAAAAGGAAAGUAGAAGCAUCCCAUUGGGGACUAAGAGACUGUUAUUGCUGCCAUGGUUUCGUAUAUCAGGUGUGCUGUGCUCCAGCUUGUAUCCCAAUCUUAUGCACGAAAGAUGGAAAGGUUUUUGUCCUCCUGAGGAAAAACAAAAGGCAGAGAUUCAGGCCUGCACUGUGAUAUUUGCACCAAAAUUCAUCAUUGGUUCUCCUGGUUCCUGUGUCCAUACUCUGCUGUGUUAAUGCUUCCUCAACCUUCAUUGCUCUGUCGCCUUAAAUGUUCAUGUACAAAAUUGAUUGUAAAUCAUUUUAUGUGAGUGUUCCCUUUUUAAUUUAAAGAAGUUUGGUUUCUGAUCUUUUA